UGUAUGAGGAUAUAAGCAGUUCAGAGGACUUUGCUGAUCUAGUAGGUGGAAUUUCAUUCAUUCUGAUGUAUUGCAAGACCAUGUUCAACCGGAAGAAUUUCAAUAAAGUAGUCAGGGACGUAACUGAUACUACGAGAUUCGGGAAGCCGAUUGCUUUUGAUUCAAAUAUGAAACAUUGCGAAAUGAUGUCUGUAUUCUUCUUCUGCUUUACAUGUAUCUUCAAUGCAUCAGAGUUAUACACACCGUCGGCUCAGGUAAGAGACACGCUACAGUUAAAAGGUGGGAGGAUAACUCAUCCUACGCCACCGUUAACAUGGUGUGUCUUUGGUUAG